GACCAGCAGUGAGCCCGGGCUUUAACCAAACUCACCGCUACGUCAGAUACUCUCAGCGCAAGACUGCGUGUUGUGUGUUGGUACCAACGCCACACAACGUGCGCACAUUAAAGAGCUGCGCGUCACCGACCCCACGAACACGCGGACGCUCGUGGCGAUGGCGUAUUUUAGUGAUGAUCCCAAUUUCUGCUCUCAAUGUGGGAAUGUGCUGCCUCUUCCUGGGAUACAAGACGUCGUCCGCUGCCCCCGCUGCUCCUUCUGCAUCCCGGGAACAGAGUUCUCGGGCCGGGAGAUCCGCUCCACUGUGGUGUUGAACCCAGAGGAGCAGUCGUCGAUGGCGCUGAAGGACGAGGAGGACGCUGAACUGAAGGGACCAGUGAUUGACAGGCGCUGCGCUCGUUGCAAUAAAGAGGGAAUGGUUUACCACACCAGGCAGAUGAGGUCUGCAGACGAAGGACAGACGGUCUUCUUCACCUGUAUACACUGCAGGUAUCAAGACAAGGAAGAUUCCUGAGAAGAAGUCAAACUUGUGCCCUCAUGUCUACUGGUGUCACUAGGUUGGAUGCUGCAACAAUCUUGCCCUGGGCUCCUCUGGGUUCAUCUAGCGAUGCCGCUGAGCUUCUUACCUCCUGUUCUCUGAUUCCUGGACUUCACUCCUUGAAUAACUAUAAAUAAAUCAUGUUCCCCCAGUGAGAGCUGAGCGGGUGAAACAUC